AUGCAGACAGCGGCCGGGCAGCCGCUGGAAACGGCCGUGCCGGCUGUGGAUGUGUCCAUUGUGGACACGCAAAGCUUAAGUGCAAUGGAGGUGCGUGUGAGCACCCCAAUAUAUGUGCGCAUUGCCAAAGAAGCGCCGGACCCAAGCUGGGUCUGCGCAUUUCUAGAUGGUGACAAGUGGUCCAGAGAGGGCGUGCGCCUAGCGACUGCAGAGGAGCUGGAGGUUGCCUUCGGGGCUGUGGCUGACACAACUGGCGUUUGGUGCGCGACGCUCCACCUUUCCAUUUUUGGUGCCUUCAUCGACAUCCUUCUGGACUGCACGAAUGCCAAUUUGCUUUCUGAGGAUGGGCUGAAAGAAAUUGUAGAGCGACCUGGAUGGUGGAGCAGGCCCCCAGCUCUUGGGCUGUGGCUGCUGCUUGCCAUCUCGCUGCUCCUGAUGGCGCUUGGCGCCCUCAGCGACGCAUCGGUUUAUCGCUCCGGUCUUUGGCGGGAUGAAUACUUUCUCACAGACCUGCCCCCUGCAGGUGGCGGGUCAUGGUCAGCAUGUCUUGCUCGACUCGGUAGAUGUUGCGGUUCCGCUGUGCCGGGGAGCAAAGAGGGGAGUAUGCCUGAAGCUGCAGAGUCAGACCGCCCGGCAGACAGGCUGACAGACAGCCCGGCGGCAGACAGCCCAGCGGCAGACAGCCCAGGUGACAGGGCAGAAGAGCAGGAGCGGGCAACGUCCACGCGGGGACGCCGACCCUCGCAGAGCAGCCUCCACUCUGUCUUGUCGCAAAUGUCAUGGCUUCAGGCCAAAUUGCCGGAGGCACAAGCCCUACAGUUGAGGAAUGACAUGCUACAACGACUCAAGCCUCAGUUGACAUCCAGCUUGCAGGAGCGUGUGCUUUGCCGCAAUACUUUGUGGGAGGUAGCCCGUCGACAUAAGAUACAUGCCAGCUCCAUCCAAACCCACAUCUGGGGUCGGAGCGGUUGGGUUCAAGGCAGCCUCGCAGUACAAAGAUCUCCCAAACUCAAGCUGUUGGCCCUGGAGCUGGAGGAGGGUCUUCCUCGUGCUUUUGUCAGGGUCCACACAUCUCGCUGCCAUCGGUUGCGUGCUGCGGUUGUGUCUUCGCACCCGGUGUACGAGCUGGGGAUGCUAGACCUGCACAUGACGGCAGCCAAACGAGCCAAGAUCAUGCUGGACUGCGUGCUUGGAUCGCUGGCCGAUGGCUUAGCUACAGAAGCCUUCGUCGCUUUGUUCUUCUCUGUCGAUGGCACUGCCGUGGCCGCGAGAAGCCCUGCAGACUGCCCUAUUGAGCAGGGAACAUUCUUGUGGUACACAUUUGUGGCAAUGCUCUCAGUGUUGCUGAACUUCGUGCCGCGCAGUCUAGAAGUCCACCUGGCUCAACGCAGCUUUGUGCAGCGCAGCUGGCUUGCCAGACGUUGGCAACUUCGCCUGAGGCGUUUGAAGGAUUUUGGCUUCUGGGCCUUCAGUUUUUCUCUUUCAGGAUUGCACCUGGUCGUGGUUGCAGCCUUCCUGGCAAAUCUGGCCGAGGUGGACGAGCCGAAGUGGCUUUUUACGUUCGGCGUUGUGCUUCUGCGGAAAUUUCUCAUUGUGCCGCUGCUAGCCUGCUUGUUGUCAAGCUUGGGCACUGAGCUGAGUGCUUGUGCGCGUGGGGAUGUGAUCGUGCCACCAAAGAAAAUGGGGCUGGAUCUGCAGCUGCUCUCGGAUGGAACAGAUGCUGCGCACUCAAGGCCUGAGGAAGCUUCCCAGACCUGGAUUGGCAAGGUGCAGGAGUUGGCAGGGAGGGGCAUCACUAUCCGGCAGUUGCUCGACUUCUAUGCCGACCUCGGGUGUGAGGUGAUGAAGCACUUCGACCCUGACCAGUCCACCACACAUGACGUUGUUCGACAAGCCAUCAUUCCACAGUCUCUUCACUUCAGGGAGACGCGCAGCUUCAUUGUGGUGGUGCACCGUGCAACUGGCCUUGCAGCACUUGAUCUCUUGUCAUCAUCGGACCCUUAUUGUUUGGUGUCAGUGCGAGGGCAAGGUCCAGAGGCAUUGGCAAAGCCGUGGAAAGGUGGCGGACGCACAGCCCACAUCUCAAACAACCAGAACCCUGUUUGGGAAGAAUCCUUCUUGGUGGAGGAUGUGCUACACCAUGAGAGCUUGCACUUCAGUGUCUGGGACCAUGACAUUGCCACAAGUGAUGACCCGCUUGGUAAUGCAGACGUUUUGGUGUCCAGUUGUUGGCAUGGAAGAGGUGAGGAGCUAGAAAUAGAUCUCAGCGAAGCCCAAGAAGGUGGCAAGGUUUAUGUUUCCUUGAUGGCCUACGAGACUCCAGAUGAAGCUCGGGCGGCUUGGAAGCCUCCCGAGGCACUUCGGCUGACCAGCCACUCCAGAUCCCGGUCCAAAGGUCGACAGCGAGAAGGUGAUUCCUUUGAGCCCUUGGAGAUGGAGGAAAAAGCAAGGGUUGGGAAGCCGCCAAAGCUGGUUCUGAGCGCCUCACGUGGGGUGCUUGCAGAAGCUGCCGAGAACAAAGCAGUGGCUGGUGGGACAGGAAGCUGCCAAGGCUAUGCCUAUGCCACCGUGGUGAACAAUGGUCGACCAUACCUGGCUCACAAGAUGGUCACCCACAGCUGGCGAAACAAAUUUACCCAUCUGCUUGCAGCCAUCCUCGCAGAUGCGCUGGAGGUGGAAAUGUACGAUGGCACAGCUCAGCUCCUCAAGCAUCGCCAGUUGGACAAGCUGACCGAUGCCUUGAGCAAGAAAUCAAAGCUUGGUGUUCGCUACUGGGUUUGUGCUUUCUCAGUGAACCAGCAUGCUGGAAUUUGUGCGCAAGCGCCUCCUGUCGACUCAAGUGGCCAUGAAAUACGCCCUUGCCUUUGUGCUACACAGAAGCACUUCGAUGGUGACUUGAGCGAAAUGAACAAGUUUGAUGACAUGAUGGCCUUCCUGAAGAAGGUUCUGCGAGGUGAGGGCCAGGUCCGGCUGGAGCAGGUGGUUGCCCUCGAAAUCGACUUUUCCUUAUUCACGCGCGUGUGGUGUGUGGCCGAGCUGGUGGAAGCACAUGAACUACAUCUCCAUCAGGCUGUGAAAAUCCACUCAGUCGCAUCGCGGGAGCUUUGUUUGGACAGACUAGCGCAGCUGGACGUGAGAAGCGCAGAAGCAUCUUUUCCAGCAGACAAGGAGCUUGUGCUCAACAAGAUCGAGGAUGUUGACGCCUUUAACUUGUGCCUCCAAGACUUGAUGUUGCAUCGUUUAGAGUCGUUUCUACAAACUAGCCGAGCCCGAUCUGUCGCGGCCCUUUUCGACGAAGUGGUCCUGGCAGUGGUUAACGUGGCUGUUUGA